GAGGGGAGAGGAAGGUAGCCCUGAGCAAGUGCUCUGAGCAGCCCUGGGGGGGGACUCCAUCUUUAACAAAACAACAGAGGAAAUGUAGCUUCAAGUAACUCUCUGAAGCAAGUUAGCUGGGGAUAGAGGAGGAGCUUGAAAACCUUCCAAAUGAACCAGUGUAGUGCAAGAUGUAGGAAGGAUUUUCUUGGGAAGCAAGCUCUAGAAUUUUGCAUUCCUAUCUUACUUUUUUUUUUUCUUACCUAAUCCCAAUUUUGUAAUCAAUUUAUGCCGUUCACUUUGCUGAAAUUUCUGUCUCCAUAGUAUAUGCAGGGAGAAUCUAGGAUGUCUGAGAGGCACUGAGUUGCUGGAGUGGAGUCAGUGGGGCAGUUGGUGCUGUGAGGUGUUAGGCAGAAGGACGGUGCUCCCCUGGCUGAUGUCUUGCAGACAGUGAGAUGUCCCUCUUCUGUGAGAGGCUGAGCAGUAAGGAGGGAGAAAGAAAGUACUUUUCAUGUAGGGAAGUGCUGCAACCUUUCUGUCCAAAUAAUUGUGCCCAAGAGAUCUUCGCUAUGAGUAAUACGCAUCUCCUUGAUGGGCCAUUAAAACGAUGAAAACUAAAUAGUACUUUUCUAGUUAAUUUUUGUGAGGUUGAGAAUAUUUUUAAGGUGUCUAAAGGAGGAAAGCAUGUAGUCACCCACCCUGGGUUUCUCCACAGUGAUGUCAAUGAGUGGGGUCAAUGCAAAGUAAAUAAAUAAUAAAAAAGAAGCCGGUAGCAGCCCAAACAAAAAAUAUUUAGCAUGUAAACACGUUAUACUUGUAUACUACUGCUACUUAAAACUGAUUAGCACGAGCGAAAUCUUUGCCUGUAAUCUGUUCUCUACAUGUAGCUAGUCAGAAUUGUUGAUGCUAUAAGGAGGUAGAAAUGAUAACAUGUAUGCUGCAUCUCUCUGAACAACUAUUAGGUUGUUAGCCAUAAUAAUCUCAUGAGAGAUCUGAACCCUCUCAACUCUUUAUCAUUUUAAGGAGUUUCAUUUUCCUUCUAAUUUCCCCUACAGCUGUUGUUCUCUAUUUCUGCUGUGUCCAAAAAAAAAAAAAAAAAAAAAAAAAAAGAAAGAAAAUUAGAACUCACUUCUUGUUAAUCCCUUUCUUUCACAGUGUUUCCCUUUGGGGCAAUUCUUAAUCUUCCACAAGUAUCAAGGCAUUCAAGUCAAUGUUAGUUUAGUGGUCAGUCAGGAUAAGAGAGCAUUCUUUAGCUCAUGUUCUCCUAUCUUUUUUUUCCCCCUUUCAUUCAGUAGGAUUGCAGAUUUCCAGAAAGGUUUAGGAGUUGAGACUGCAUAUUAGUUCAGCUGCUAGUCUCUCCCUCCCACCAUCCUCCUCUAUUUUCUUGUCAAUUGAAACAGCACUUUCCAGAUUUUCUUAAUGAAAUUCAGUUUGCCUUAUUCAGACUAAAGUGAGUAGUAGAGGGAUGGAUUAAUUUAACCUAGAAACUUGAUCUGUGAGUUAUCUGAGAUCUGUCAGCCUAGGUGCUUGUUGAGACUUGGAUCUGAGUCACGGGAAUGAAAAAUUUUUUGCCAGAAAUUUUAACUGCAGUCUUAGGCAUAGCUAGCAUUGUUGAAAUAUGGAAGAAUUAAGUUGUCUCAUUACUGUUCACUUUGCAGAGGUGAGAAGUGUCAGAACCUUCCCACAAUAAGUAUUUCAGAUUAGAUAUUCUCCUAUUACUUGAUCUCUUCCGCAAGUGGUGGUUAUUUUUUUCUUUUCCUUGCCUGUUUAAGACUCCCAUUGAAAUACAGAAGAAGCCAUGCUGUGCAGCUGGGGACAGUGCUUGGCCCUUUGGAAGUAUUUUGCUGCAGGGACUCUGCUGCUGUGGUACAAGUCGUGUAAUUUGAAAUACCUACUCUGCAUUUUAAACUAUAAGAGAUGUGAUGAAAAAUUAGAGACAUGACUGUGAAGUCUUUUUCAUAUGCAUGGGAAGUAAGUUUCUCUUGUUAAUGUUGUUAAUGUAGUUAGUAAGAAGAGAAUCUGGAUGAAACAAAGAUAGGUAGCAGUAAAACUCAAAAUGAUGUCAAGAUACUAAACAAAAUGGUUACUGAGGUAUAUCAUAGUUUUGAACUUUAUUUUUAUUUUGACAUAAUUAUAUACGCAUUACCAGCAUUUCAUAAAACAAGACAUGCUAUUUGUACAGGAAGCUGAAAGCUAGGCUCUCCAAUUAUUCUGACUUUAGCAAUAUGAAUUACACACAUAAGCAGAGUCUUUAAUGUAAAAUGACUACAGCACUGGCGUCAUCUUUCAUCUCCUUUCCCUUCCCUGUCUCGUACUUAUCUUUAAUUUUGAAAAGGUCGUAUCUGUUAGUGUAAAUGGUCUCAUGCACUGGUACCAACUGUAAUGGAAGGGAAAGUCAAAGGAAUCUCUAUUGCAGGGAAUUACCAAUGUUUAUUGUUUUGUCUGUAUUUCAAUUAUUAUUCAUUCAAUAAAUCCUUCUACUGCUACAGAAAACCGAGAUACUCAUUUGCUAUUACAAUAAGCCAGCAUGACCACUUUAAAAAGUAGUCCUGCUUUACUCUCUCAUCCAUGAUACCUGUUUCCAACUUUAUUUUACCUGUUGCUACAGAAAUGUGGUCUGAACCCUAACCAUUUCUACAGCGUGGUUGAUCCAUUUGCUCAGUAAAAAAAAAAAAAUAAUGCAAGAAAUCAAAACACCCAACCACUUAGCCUAAACAAGGGAGGUGCAGCAAAGAUGAAAGAUGAAGUGUCCUUUUUAAAUUUUUUUUUUAUUUUUUUGGGUGACAGUGCUCAUUCAUGCCAUUUGAAGUUAUGGCCUUGGUCUUUUUAAACUUAGUUUGUACUUGGAGAAUUGAAUUUUCCCAGUGCAGCAGGAUAUGAAAAGACAAAUUGAAGGAUAGAACCCACGAUAUUUUUACUCCCACUUUUGGGAGGAAAUGAGAGGUUUUUAUGACCCUUUUUAUUUAACGAGAAAAAUAGAACCCAGGUUGGAUUUGAUUUUACAAGUAUUCCCCUGCUUAUAGUUUUGAGGUAUUAUCAGUUUUUAUAGGUGGAUUUAAUUUCCAUGGAGUAAAAUUGGUGCUAAUUUCAACAUGUGGCAUGCUACUGUAAUGUUAUUUCUUUUGCUGUCCUACAGUUUCUCUUUCUGUUUCUUGAUAACUUUUAUUGUAAACCCACAGAACAGCUGGCAUAAUGCACAGAUUAAAAUUACACUUUUACAAGAAUGAUAAAGUGUUAAACUAUGCUUACUCUGACACUUUGGGCAGCUGGGUUUUAAUUAUUUGACUGAAGUUGUUAAUUCAGCUCAAUAAAAGCCAUAUCCGCAUGAUAGAUGUAGAUGUCAAAAUGCCACAAAGGCUUCCACGUCUUUGAUUAGAGGUGUUACUAUGAUGUUAAACCCAGAUUACAAGAGCAUCUUAAAUUCUAUUGAUUCUGUCAUCCUUCUUUCUAAUGUGCUGUUCAAAAUCAAUAUUAAAGAAAAGGGAAAAAAGGCUUAGAAUGACACUGUAUUCCCCCCCAGACCUGCUGGUUUCUCUGUAUGUUACCAAGAGACAGAACCCAUGUCUUUUAGUCAAGGAAGGACUCGAUGAAACAGGGAUUUAGUCUGACUUGGCUGUCGUGCUUUAAGUUUCAUUUUGUUAUACAUGCUUCACCCAUCUUGGGACGUUGUAUCAGAGCAUGUGCUUGGGGGAUGCAGCUGUCAAGCAUUAUUCCAGAUAAAAAAGAGCCCAAGCUACAUCCUAUCAGAGAAACUGUCCAGAAAAUCAGAUACAGCUUCUUUCAGGGUUAGCUUGACUUUUGCUUACAUGUGGCACAAAAGAGCUUGCAGAAAGGAAGCGCAGCACUUGGCACAUUUUGACUAGUUGCAAAUUCAUGAAUACUCUGUAUUCUCUCUUUGUUUAAGGCUUAGUCCUUAUGACCGCGAGCACUCUGUUAUUCCUUUCCCCUUUCCAUUACCCUGCUCUUCUCUCGGGGAGAUAACAACGGUAAUUCUGCUAUGCAAAUGAUGCAAUUCUUAAAGCCAGUGUUCUUUUAAAAAACAAAACAUUAGUGUUUUAGGAGUAGGAGAAAGACUGUUAGUGUUUAUGGGAGUAAUCCUGCAGAAGACUGGAGAUACAGAGUAUUUGGAUCUUUUCCUUUGUUUCUUCCAGUAUGUUUUGUUUGAACCUUAAGAGCAUAACCUUCUGAAAGUAACUGUUGAAGUUGCAACUUAUAAAUAUAUGGAUCAACGUUUAGAAUUAGAAGGUGGAAGUACAGGAAGAAAGCUUAAUUUCUAUUGCAUGGAGCAGAACGGUAUUUUUUUUUUUAACAUAGAUGGUUGUAAUCCUAAAGUGCACUAAGACACGGGAGAAUAAAACUUGGAACAAAGUCUUACUCAGUUCACACCAUCCUGCUUGAAAGUGAAGCUUUGACUACCAGAUUUUUUUUCCUAAAAACAAAUAUUAAAAAUAAGCAUGCUGAACUUCAUAAAAUUUAUUUUAUGUUGGAAAUCCGUGGAAACUGUAAAUAUAGUGCCUUUCUGGUAUCUUUACCUGGGUAACUUUAUGGCAGUAAUAUUGUGCAACGUAAAACAUUAUUGUCCUUGGCUGUGCUCUCAGGACUGUAUCAUUGCCUGAUCUGGUGGUUGGGUAACCCUGCUCAUGGCAGAGGGGAUGGAGCUAGAUGAUCUUUAAGGUCUGCUCCAACCUAAGUGGUUCAGUGAUUACGCGCUGUGAUUUGGCCUUUAUCAUAUUUCAAAUUUUAAGCCUGAAAUGGAUGGCUUAAAUAAGAAUUAAGACAAAAUGACUUUUUUUUUCGUAUAAGUGGUUGCAGGGAAUAGUCUGAAAAUACCAUCUUGUAAUCAUGAAUUAGAAUGAGUUAUGCCAUGUAGCUGUAGAGGCCAUUUAGUAUUUCAGAAACACAGCAGGGGACCGUUUUUAAAAGACAUAAUUAAAAACAACGGAUGAUAUAGGCUGUUAUGGAUCUUAGGUCCCAGGCUUCCAGAAUAAUUUAAGUUUCUCUAAAGUACCUCUUGCUGUUGUUGCCUAUUAGCAUUGGUGUGAUAUUUCCCUUCAGUCAGUAUAUUCAGAUAGCGGUAGUUCAAUAGGUCACGUCUGUGUUGGCUGCUUUUGUAACAUUUUGGUCAAAUAUUUUUUCAUAGGUUAUGUAAUUAACCAUUUGAGAGAAUAUCUGAAUAACAUACAGGAGUUUUUCUGUUGUAAAAUCCUUACCUUAAUGAGUACAAAGUCCAUCCGCUACCACGUUUGUGAAAUUGUCUGUACUGUUAAAAACAAAUGAAAAGGUUGUUCGAAUGACUACUGGUUAGUUUUUCUUAACUAGCUACUGAUUUUUACAAGAACUGUGCACAGCCAGCCCUCAGCUGUUUAGUUGCAGAGCACCAUGCUUUAAAAUAAUUCUGCAGAGCUACACAGGGAUAUAUCUUAAAUUUCACUGUAAUAUCAGCAGUUUGUGCUAGAGACUGUGCUAUCUGAAAGGAAAUUUCUUGCCACUAAAAGUGAAGAUUCAUGUACGUUUUUCAAAAAGAGAGAAUGUAAAAAGGCACAUAACAUCUUCAAUACCGUAACAAUAUUCCUAACGAAUGUUUAAUGGGUUUUGAAUUGAAACCUUAUUCUUUCCCUGUUGCAGUGUUGAUCUGUAAUCAUUAUAUACACAACCCUCUAAAUUCCAGUGACAUAUUCACUGCUGUAGAUGUGGGUCAGUAAUGCUGUGACACCGACCAUUGGCAUCUUUAAACAGGAUAUUGUCUAAUACAGUUUAUAGCUUCAUUCCCUUUACCAUUAAAUAAAUAAAGCAUUCAGUGUGUGCAUCAGUGCCAUCAAGCAUGAAUACCCUGGUGGACUGGGAAUUAAAUGCCAAGUGAGGGUCAGAUGCAACAAAGGCUGAAUAACACUCAGCAAAUGUAUACAUAUUAGGUAAGGAACAGUGCCCCUGAUGCAGAAGAAAUUGAAUAAGUACCUUGCAACAUCUAGAUGGAGCAUAAAGACUUCUUUUGUUUGCCUGAGCUGCCAUCAUUGACCCAGGCGGAAUAUUCCAAUAUUGAAUGAACUGAACAAUAGUUUAUUACAGGUAAAAGGAAAUCUUUGGAUUCCAAAUUCUGCUGGGAUAUUACACAGAUAGGCUUGAUUAUUGUACACUCCGUAGCCCCUUAGGCCAUAUUGACUGGCAAAAUAUAUUGUGCAAUAUGCUCUCUUAGCUGUCUAAAAAUAUCAUACUUCUGUUAGAUUUUCUUUGUCUUAAAAAUGCACAUAACUCUGUAUUCUUACAGGAAAGAAAUAAUUGUUGCUCUGCUUAUUGUGCUAGUUUCAGUGCUUCUAAUUGUUAAAUUCUGUCUCUGUGAAAUACUCUGCUUUUUCCAAUUUUGAAAUGAAUAUCAAAUUGACAUUAUUGCAUUCUGGUUGACCAGCUUGAAGUUACUGCUGAAGCAGCUUUUGUUCAUCUAAUUUAAACAGUUUUUCUAAAUAUAUCAAUUAUGUUUUAUGUUCUAAUAUAAAUGUAAAACACUGUGUCUAGCAAAAGUUCCCAGAGGCUGAAUAAUGAUGUUUCUUUCUUGGGUUAUAUUUGAACAAUUCCCAUAAAGAGACACGUUUUUGUAAAUACUUAAAUUGGUUAUUCUCCAUGAUUGUAGUUUGGUUUGUUUCAUAUUACUCUGUAGUGUACAAAUAUCCUAGAAAUAUUAGUUUUCUUAUUAAGAUGUAACAGGAAUGAGUGCUUGAAGGAGUCACCUUGUUAGCCUAGAGUAUGAAUAAUGAGCUUUUUGGCCAAUCUAAUACAGGUCAUUUUAUUUUAGUGUUAAAGUAUCUUAUGUAAGCAACUGAAAUGAAAUGGUAAAAACUGUAUUAUGAAACCUUUCUUAAAAGAGAUGGGCAAAAAAUAGUUCAAAAAAUAGUUCAUUUCCUGGUAAGCUGAAUCAAGGGAUAAUUACUGUUUCGAAUGAGUAGUAACCCAGGAUGCUGGAAUAGUGAUAACUUUCUGCUUUCCCAUAAAACCAUUUUCUUCAGUCUUCAUGUAGAAAAAUUGAGUUGGUUAUAACUCUGUCAGUGGGAUGGAAGAAUAAUUGCCAGUAGUUAAAAUGGAAAAGCAUGGUUAUGACUGAGUUUGCCACUCACUUGCUUUAAUGUGUUCUAAACAAAGAAACUCAGCAGCCAAAAAAGUCAGUGAAUUGUCCAAAUUGUUGGGAAUUUAAUCAUGAUAAUUAAAUGAAAAUUGUUUUGGAAAUAAAAAUGGAGAGGAAAAAAAAAAAUCAAUAAUGCAUCAAACUGUCAUAAGAGGGUGUUCAGUUUCUUGCAUAGUUUUAGUAAUUUAUCUCCUGAACUAAACUGGUGGAUGUGCUGAUAUAUGAUUCUACACACUUACCAAAUUUUGUAAUUUAAUCCACACUGUAACUCAAUAGCCUUCUGCCUAAGAUGCUGUAAUCUCUUUAGGAUGUGCUUAUCCAUGAAAGUAGACCCUACCAGCCUCUGUAAGACUAUAUGUGAGCACAGAAUUUAGAAUCAAUUUAAGUCGUCCCAUACCCUUUUUGUUAGAUAUUUUUAAUAGAUUUGAUUUUUGUAUUGUUUUUGUUUUCUUCCCUGAAUAGAUAAAUAAACAGAAAUGAAAUUAAUCUAAAGUGAACCAAUUAAAACAUCAUGAUAGUUGUUUCCUGCAGGCGAGAGAUCCUCUUUAGAUGAAAACAGGUUUAAUUGCUGUAACUUCACUAGUCAUGAAUUCAGUGCAAGUUUUCUCUUCCAAAGUUGUUUUUUUGUUUUGUUUUUGUUUAAUGACUGUGAAUGUCCUGUUUUUGUGAGACAUUGAAAAUUACAUAUUAAACUCUGGAAUCGACGCAUCUUCAUUAUCUGCACUGAUUUCUACAUCUAUGUAUGUGUUCUGCGCUAACAGAAAUAUGAACAGAUAUAAUGCUGGGUACUUUCAAGGCUUUUCUGUAAUCUUCUAGACGUCUUUAUUUGUAAAUGGAUGGCUGCAUGAAAAAGGUUAAGAUGUUGUCUUUUCAUUAAUUGAUAGAGCAGUGUCUUCAGCAAACACUACAGUAUGUUUGCAUCUGAUCAUAAGGAAAAUGUUUCGUGUCUAUCACUCACAGCAGUUUUAAAAGUGUAAAAGGUGUAUAAAAUAGGGUAUUUAUGUGGUAGUAAUGAGAGGUAGACGAUGUUUCAAAUUUUAAAAAACCAUAGACUUCUUUGUGACUGGGGCUGUUCACAGUUAAACAAGGGUCUUGACAUGUACAGGUAUGGGAAGGAAAAAAGUUCAAGUCCUCUAUGUUCUCCCAUUAUUAUAUUACCUUUUUAAGGAUAAGCAAAGAAUUAUCACUUGGCUGGAAGUAAAUGGAGACCGUUGUGGAAGAGGUAAUGUAGAUGUGGGAAAACAACAUCAAGGUGAGCUUGUAGAUAUGUCCUCCAAGCUCACGAGAAUCUAGCACCUCACAUGGAUGGGCUCAAAUUUUUUUUUAAUGUGCAGUGGAACUCUGAAGAGAGACUGUAAAAUAGAUCUUUAGGCUCAACAUUUGUAGGUCAAGAACACUGAAAUAUGUUCUACCUCCAGUUAAGCAUUUUCCUCUUAAAUGCUUAUCUCUUCAGGCCAUUCCAUGUGUAAAAGAAGUUGCCAUUUGGGGGGCAUUUCUGUAGCAGUAAUGACUAUAAAUAAAAAACUAAUUUGUGGAGAUUCUCAAUACCAUAGAAUUUGACCCUAUUAGAUUUCUCAGAACACUUCAUCUAUCCACAUCAAUUUCUACCUGAAGUUGUUAAUUUGUAAAAUUAUAAUUAAGGUUUUGUUAAUUAAUUUUUUUAUAAGUUUUAAUAAGUGUAUUGUACCACUAUAAUGAACGUGCUCAAUUUGUGCUUGUAUAGCACAAUUUCUUCUUAGGUAUCCUAUAAUCUCUGCUUCAUUAUCCAAACAAGAUUUCAACUUCCCUUUCAAGUACAUCCUCAUGAUUAAUUGGGCUAUUAACUAGAAGGUAUCUCACGCAACUAAAAGGGUAAUGUCGCACUGAUGAUUUGGGAUAUGUGCGUGUGUUAUCCAGAGACCAAAAGAGGCACCCCUAGGGUUCUGUCUAUGGCAGACUUGAGAUACCUUGCUUAUACUUUACUAAGCAAUUGAAACGAGUAAACUAGUAAUGCAUCAUUCUAAGUAGUAGAUUAUAGGUACUAGAAAAUGAAACAGGAUUUUACAAAACAACUGUGUUAACUUGUAGAUUUUUGCUGUAGGCCUGGACUGGAUUCAGUAGGUGAGACAGUGCUGUUGUACAUGCAUGUAUCAGAUGCACAUUGCCUGGUGGAUUUGGUUUUGAGAACUGGUUAGAAGGAGCUGCUUUUUGUCUUCACUGCUUAAAAAUAUUAUUUAUUGCUAACAAAGCACUUUUUAUGUAUUCGUCUUGUUUUGCCUGCCUCCAUCUUUGCCUUCUCUAGCUGUGUUGAAGAAGACAGUUGCUAGUGAGCUACUUCCCCCUGUAGGUACUUACGCAUCAAAUCACCUUGUAACCUCCAGCUGAAUUGAUUUUGUACCCCAUGUAUGGGGUACAAAUGGAUAUUCAUAGAUUCUGAGCCAUUUCUGUAAUUUUGUAGUAGACAUUUCACCUCAGAAGAGCUACAGCCUUUACAUGCAGAGCCCUCCAGCAGCUCCCCUAGGUUUAGCACAAACAGGCCUCUGUGCCAGGGUGCUGCUUUUUAAGUUCAAACGAGGUUAGUGAUGUACAUGAAGGCCAGAGCAUCAGUGUACUAUCGAUAGACCACCUGCUGUUGACAUGCACUAAGAAAGAUGGAAGGAUGUAAAUGAGUUUUAGAGAUUUGCCUGCCUUUGAAUACAAAUGAGGCUAAAACCCUCCUGUCCUGCACUCCAGCAGUCAACUACCAGAAUGUUUUCAGUGUGCUUUAGUGGAAAGUGAGUGUUGUCAUCACAAAUUAUCAUUAGACUUCACUGUUGUUGACUACUUGUUAGCAAUUGAUAAUUUGAGUGUAAUACAGUUAGAAUAUUUCAGGUAUGUCACAAACUGUGUUCUUUGUAACUGCUUUUUGACAAUGACAAGCUCCUUCCACCCGAAACUUGGAAAGGCUUGUCUCGGCAGAGAUAACUAUGGAAGCAUUUGUGGUGGAAAGUCAGAUUUCAAGCUGGAUUGUCUGAAAGAGGGUAGAGACUAGAAAACUGCCUAUCCUGAUGUUGUAAAUGUUCUUCCAGGGGAAGAUGUGUAAAUUUACCUGACAGUAGUCUGCUUUUUUGUUGUGAACACCACUAGCCUUAGAAAUUAAAAUAAAGAUUGUAGAAAUGUCAGUAACUUUCUUUUAAUGUGGAUGCCUUUGUGAUUAAUACAUUAUUUCUUCCAGUGGCUUAACAAAAAAGUAGGAAACAAACAAUUAAGAGCAGGAAGAGCUGAGCUACUUUUUGGGGUGACGAGAUAAAAAUCUGAACAAUUGGGACUGUCCCCUUGGAAUAGCACAGUUGGCUGCUGUGGAAGUUUUUUGGACUGAUUUCCAUUCAUUGUUUUCAGUGAGCCUCCUUCAAGAGUCUGAAAGACAUUUUUUAAAGGCAGAACCUCUUCUUUCUUCACUUGUGAAUUUUGAAAGCCCUCUGCACUAAUUCAUCUGUGAUUGAAAACUGCCACUAGCUGUCUCCUCCCAUAGUACCAGCCAUCCCUUUGAAUGUUGGCCACCUAUUCCUUGCUUAUGCGUGGCUUCAAAAGCACAAAGAAGCAGGUUGUCCUAAAUGACAGCUUUCACUGUCAAGAUCACAGGUCAAAAUGGAAGACGAAUGCUUCAGGAUGAUCCGAUAGAACAAGAUAGUAUCCGAAUGCCUUCGAAUACUGAUUUUACAGUUGAAUUCAACACUGUAAAACUUACAAGUCAAAGAAAUGUCUCCCAGUCCUUAAAUAGGCAGCUAUCAUAGAAGUAAUUUGCUUAUGAGACACUUUUCUUUCUGGAAGACCAGCCUGUCUCAGUACCCAUCAAAAAUAAAUCAAUUUCCUGUGGAAACUGGCAUAAAUCUUUCAGAUUGUUUCUUAGCAUUUCUGCAGCAUUUGUCAGAGUUGAUGUUAGCUAUGUAGCUUUCUAUUGUCUCAUAAUGAAUUGUAGCAGUAGAUGAAGAAAACAAUAUUAAUCUGUUUUUGUUAAUCCUAUUUUGUAAUUAAAUACAUCUUUUAUAUGAAUUCUGUUAAGAUUUGAAUGAAAGGGGAUUUAUGAAAACAUGACUUGCUUUUUAUAAGAUAGUUUUAGGAUUAUGAAAUCAACACGGAAAAAGAAAAGUUUGACUUGCUCACAGAGCAAAAGAUUUUCUUUGUUAUUCUUGCUUUGCUGGUGCUAUGGAAAAAAAAAAAUAAGAGCGUUCAAGCUGGGUUUGCCUGUGGUUUAACUCUAAUUCUAUAGGCUGCACACUCUUUCUCCCCAAAAUCCCCACAGCAAGUGACCUUGUCAAACAAAAGUGUGGAAUAAUGGGAGGCAGCCCAGGGACUGUGGCUCAUUUACAAGCAGCUGUUUGCUACUGUCAGAACAAAGGCAAAUCAAAGUUGCAUUAACGGGGUAUGACAGGCACAGUGAGCAGCUCCCCAACAAUGUUCAUCCUCUUGUGUUGUUCUGGUUAUAAUACUGGUUUGCCUGAAGGAGAAAAUGGUCAUAAGGUCAAGUCAGAUGUGGAUGUUUUCAAAAGCCUUUCAAAAUUGCACACAUUUUUCAGCUGAUCAACUAUUGAUGUUUUAAACAAAAUUAGCAUAACAGCAAAUAAAUACAUAUUUAUGUGUAUGCCUGGCUUUUGGUAUGAGAAUUAGAACCACACAGAGAAUUAAUAAUUAUGUCUUCAAGGCAAGAUUAGUGUCAUCUGGCCUUCUCUGGAAGUCUGAGUCAUUCAGUCCAAGAACUAAAGCAACUGUACGUAAUGCUGCUUUUAAAUUCCUAGAUGGUAUUCAGGCAUGGUUGGAGGAUUGCUCUGUUCUCUUUUGUAGUUUACUACUUCACUAGAAUUUUUCUCUGCACCUUGCAAGACAGCACCAAAUUAUCUCAUACUUCUGUGAGGUAGUUACCCAUCUGACAUAUAUAGCUUUCCCCAAAGUUCCGUUAAAAGCGUAUUCUGAAUUCUGAGAAAGUCAUGACUUAAGGUCUACUGUUUGCUUAGGUUAAGCUUGAUAAUGUGUGUUGACUUGGAAGACCCAGAAGCACUGAAAGUCAAAGAGAUUCCUUACAAAGCAGUGGAAAUACUUAGCCAAAAAGGGCCAGUUGUGACUUCAUGUAGCAUGCAGUAGGAUUGUUUUGAGCUGUGUGAAUGAGACUUGUAUAACUUGAGUCUGUACUGCUCGACACCAGUCUGUCAUCUGAAAUUGCUCUGAAUCAGUGAGGCUUGGUGAGAGCAUGUCUGAAAAUGGCUUGGAAGUAACGGAAAUUCAGGCAGAAAGGGCAGGAGAAUUGCUGGACAUGAGCUUUAUAACAAGGCGCACAAUAGGCAGCACAUUUCACACUGUAUAUUGUAUCUCGUGUAGCAUGGUAAAGGCUGAAUGCAGAGUGACUUUAACAGUCCCUGAAGUGCAGUAUUUCCCAAGAAAUGCACAGUUUGAAGUGCCAAACUUCCAUUAUGAAAUUUAUAAAUAAAAAUAAAGAAAGCAGUAAGACUUAUUUAUUGGGUAAAUUGAUACAGUUACUACAUCAUUAAUAGUUGUCAAAAAGAUCUAUUUUUUUCCAAAAAAAAAAAAAAAAAAAAAAAACUGAGAAAGCCUUUUAUGUUUAGCAAGUAUUUUACUACUAUCAUAAAUUCCUGAAUUACUGGAUUACUUUUAGAUAGGGAGAGGGAGACCAAGAAGAGCAAGAAGGAAAAAUGCUUUUACAUUGAAAUAUCCUGCAGAUUUAAGACAGCAGUGGAGUACGUUUUGAUAAUGGUAUUUGACAUCUGCUGUAUUUCCCAAUUCAACAUAUGAUAAAGUUCUUCUAGAAUUUAAUAAUUUGAAGUCCAAUUACUUUGUGUUUCAACAAUUUUCGUUAGGUAUGAUGGGAAUAUACUGUUACAAAUAACGCUGAUAAAGGGCCAUUAAGGUGUGACCAAUAUAUCUUCUAACCUUUAGAGAUAGCAUACUCUUAUUUGAUACCUUUUAGGGUAAAACUUUCAAAAGUGCAGUGGUUUGCAUGCAUACAAAGUUGUACUGACAACAUCUUCUAAAGUGCUAACAUGAAUGUGAAUUUAAUUUAAUUUAUUCUCACAAACUUGCAGUUCUAGCUGUAUGUGUUAUAGUAUCAUGUACAGGUGCCAGCCAAGAUUACAGCUCCAUUGAGCUCUACUCAUCCAAAAAGUUCUAUAUUUAUCAGCCUGGAGGGCUUGUCGAGUUUCCUCUUCUGCUGCCGUUAUCAACUGUUUUGAAAUAUUCAAAACCUUAAGUGAUAUUGAAAACUUACCCAGUGUUCAAAGCACAUUGUAUAUUUUGAGGUGAGAAAUAGAGCUGUACUUGUAGAAGUGUUCUGGCAUUUAACUUAAUGCUGAAAAUAGAAGAACAUAGUUUUUAUAAGAGAUUUGGUAAUAUUUUGUUCUUUAAAAUGUUCAGAUUUCUUGUGCUGCUCUGGAUGUCACAAAAUGGCAGCAGUUUUGUAUCAUCUUUGGUCAGUAUAUUCAGCAGUAAUUAAAGAAAUAGAGAUUUUAUUUUGUUGUGAAUCAGUCUGUUAAACUCACAUGAUAAUUUCCUAAAUUCCUUUCAGUAAUGGUCCUAUUCUUGAUGGGAAAGGAGGACAUUUUGUGCAUUACUUUGCUUGAAUGGUACUAACAGACUAGCAGAUGGUCACUUUCCAACUGGUUUGCCUUGAAAAAAGAAAUUAAAAUAUUAUAGUGCCAGGGAGAGAUGUUGUAAUGUGUCCCUUUCAAAUUAACAGGUCGUUUUUUCUACUAUUUUAUGAUUGUAAAAUAGCUCAAUGUCACAUAAAAGGUUAAAAGCUGAAGUAAAUGGCAUCAUGGGAAAUUUGAAAUAAAUAGGGACUCAUAUGGUUUAUGGCUCUAUACUUGAACACACAAGGAAUAUAUUUCUUUCCUUUAAAAGGCACUCUGUAAGAGCUUGCCAUGUUAGUAUGAAUUGUGGUCACAAUAGAUUUUAUUUUGAGUAGUUUUAAUUCACAAGGUAACAUCUUUUGUUUACUAAAUUACACUUAGUAAAGGCUGGUUGUUCAAACUGUUUUCAAGCCUAAGAGAGAAUGAAGUACUUUCCGAAAAAAAUUUGAAGCUCUGGAUUCCAGUUCAUUGCAUCAUUUCGCUUGUGUCUUAACGGUUACUUUUCAUAGAGCACGGACCUUCAGAACUGAUUAAGUUUUAAACUCCAAACUGUCAGAUAUUUUAUAUUAGUGCCAAAUUUGUUUCUCAUGGUAAAACUGUCUCCGCUAUGAUGUUCUGUGAGCCCUUGUUCCAGCAACCCUGCUGAGCAAGACUUGGACAAAUUUUUUAGUUAGCGUAUGUCCCGAUGGCUUCUUUAUUGCUAUGCAGGUGAAGAGCAGGUUGAUGAGAAAGCCCUCAUAAAGCUUGUCAGUGCAAGAUAGCCAUGAUUUGCUCUGAUACACAAUCAGCUAGGAGUUGUUACAAGGUUAGUGCCUAUAGCGCUAAGAGGAGAUGUUUAAAACUGAACUGUGAAAACAGGAAAUGUCUGUGAUUUACAUAUGUAAAAUUGUUACAGUCAUAUCAUCAACAGAGGUAACCUUUAAAAUUAUCAGUCACGUGCAGCUACAGUGUUUGUAUUACAUUCAACAAAAAAUGCUACUGUUUUCUAUUUUGGAAUUUGUUUUCAGUCUUGUUCUGCGCUCACACAAAGUGGCUUAUGCAUUAGUUGCCUAUAUUGUUUCAAUAUCUCUCUAAUUUUUCUGUUUUGCUUCCUGACGUCCUUUGCUCAAUAUAGUUGGUAAUCUGUGAGGAAAUACAGAAUGCGUUGACUUUAUUUCUUAGCAGAAGACUGGCAGUUGUAACUGCAAACAUAGGCUAUUCAGAUAGGUGAUGAAGCCUGAAGAUGUAAUUUCACCAAAAGCUAGUUUAGACCAAUUAAAAUCAAUAACCAUUUCUCAUAACUCUAGCAGAAGGAAGCUGGGAUAUUUGUGUGGGAUGUUUUACAGAGACAUACUGAAGCAGCUUUUGAGCUCAGAACGGGUCAGACCCUGCAGCUGGACUAGCCCAACCCACUGGGCUCUGGUGGCUGGUGCUUGGUGUGGAGCUGCCUGCUGCAUGGCUCUUAGCUGUCUGGAAGUGCAGAUGAUAACUGGAAGUUUAGCUUGAACCUAAGCACAGAGGUAAGGACAAAAAGAUGAUGGAUAGAGCCUGUUCAAACAGAGGAUAUAAACGUUCCAAAGAAUUAACAAGUCAAAUUGACAUGCUGGAAGACAGUUUAGAGGAGAAGUACGAGGUUGCUUUGGCUUCCUACCAACAGAAGAGACUGAGGUAUUUAUUUCACAGUGGAUUAUGACAGAGCAGGGGCUGGGUGUUAUUGAACUCAUUCUCCAGCAUGUAGUGGCGCUGGGAAAGCCAGUCAGAUGACAUUAGGAGUGAUGUUCAAACUCUUGCGUAAAAGAGAGAGAGUGUCAUGGAGAUGUUUAGCCCUAAAAGUUGAAGAUCACUUAAAUGUUGGAAAUGACAUUAAAAUAAACAGGUUGCUGUCGUUGUGUUCAGGAAUCCAGACUAAUUUUUCAAAUAAGAAUAAAAUAGUGGUAAGAGUGUGCCAUAAUAAAUUAUCUGUAAAUCAGCUGAAGGCCUUUUUUUCUUCAGAUGGAUGCUGCAUGCAUAUUUGGUAAAUGAACAUGUUUAUGUCCAAGUGGCACAUUCAUUUCUUUUGCAUUAUCUUUCCUAAUGGAAACCUUUAUUUGUCUUUUUCAUGUUUUUUUUUUUUUUUUCUUAAGGUGAUUGAAUUUUAGAGGCAAAUGCAGUGAUACAGUCACUAAUAUGCGUUAUUGUAAUUGGCUGUAAUUAAUCCAUAAUUGCACCUUUUUAACAGGGAUGACAAUGACAAGGACAAGUUUUUAAAUGAUGUAGGAAUAAUUCUUCAUAUAUACGAUUUAGCUUUUUAUCUGGAAGAGGCAUUUGGACUAAAGAGUAUUUUGGGUGGAUAGGUGAAGGAAGGAGUCCAUUUUGGUCUGAAUUAUCCAAUGCUGCUGUGAUAUCAUGCACUGUUUUGUCAUAAAAAUCAAAGAUAACUUUGUCCAAGUUCACUUAGUUACCAAAAAACCUACCUUGUACUUCCAGGGUAAAGGAAUACGGGGAGGGAGUUUCAUUCAGUUUGGGAAGGGUUUGUUCUGCUUUGAGCCUGAUCUGGAACAACCACCUAAUACUUUUGUGUUUCAUAUUUACAGAUCUGUUGAACAAAAGUUUUUAUCAAUAUUCUUAUUUUAUUUUGGAAUACUUGAACAUUAUAGCAGAAAAACUGUGUUGCGCUAUGUUUUCUUCAUGUGCUUGAUUUAUGGAUUAGGAUUUAAGACCAGAUUUAUCCAUUAUUAAAAUAGCAAGGUAACAGUCAACAAGUUGUAGCAUUUCAAACAAGAAUCAGUCACAGAUCUUCCUUUAGAAGCCCUUUUGGUAGUGUUUAUCUCUCUAGUUCCUAAAGGGAGAUUUUCUUUUCUUUUUUUUUUUCCACUCAACAAUCUUUCCUAGUCUGGAUUUUCUAUAGCUUAAAGUCAGCUGGGAACAUAAUGUACUUGCCUGUCGUUCCUCCUAUUUCCUUACUUUGAAGAUACUUCCUUUAAAAUGUUUCAGGAUUUCUUGAGGGAUGAGAUAGGGACUCUAAUAUAGCAUUUUCCCUCUAUUGGCCUUCCUGGUGUUGAAGUACUGGGAACUGUGUAUGCUCCAAGUUUUGUGUGCGUCCAGCAGUGAUGUGCAGUUUCACCAAAAACAAAAGGAAAAAACAACUUUAGAUAUGUUUAUAAAAGGUAAUGAUCAUUGUGAGGGGGAAAAAAGACAGCAAUGCAGUCAGCUAACUAAAUGACUUGGCACUGAAUCAAUUUUAAUCUUUUCUGCUCUUUUUUUGUUGUUAUUGUUGUUGAAGCAUUCGUUUUGUUUUGAACUUCCUUUUCUCUACACAUCUCUCUUCUAUAGCCAUCUCACAUAUCCACAAGUAAAACAGGGAACAAUCUCUGAUGGGAGGGCAUGCUUGGGAAGUGGGAGCUCCAGGGCAACUGGAGGUUCCUGGGACUUGUGGCAAGCCGAGAUAACCAGGCUCAAGAUUUGAGCAACAGUAAAUUAGGAGUGCCCAUCUAGUAAACACAGCUGCAGAGACCUUUCAGUGCCACAAUCAAGCCAGUCAGUCCCAUUUGUAAUGUCAAAGGUGACGGAAGCAUGCUGGAGUCCUGCAGUUAGCUGCUGUGCAGGUUGGAGGAGUGGCGCCGAAUGGUGGGCGGCAUGGCGGCCUGUCCUGUCAGGCCUGUGCCGUGCUACGUGCAGGGCUGCCGGAGAGGAACAGACAAGCUACUUCCUCAGUCUCUGACCAGAAUGCAUGAUAAGGCUCGAUGUCAAAAAGGGCAAGAUUGGGCUCACAGCAAUUAUGGCAGAGGCAUACUAGUUUCCUUGACAACCAGAUUGAGGAUUCUUUGUGAUUUAUUAUUUGCCACUUCAGACUCUCUUUCUCUGAUUUAAUUAAGGAAAGGAAUUUCCGUAAGUCCCCUCCCUUCCAAAUCUGAGUACCCGUUACUAUUGUUAUGACUAGCCACAACCAUCCCAGACUGAUGCUGCUCUAAACUAGCUGCAAAUCAGACUCAGCAUUGAGCUUUUGAAAUUUCGGGCAGGUUGCUCAGACAGCAGCUAACUGAAAUUCAAUGAGUAUUAUGUUGGGUGAUGAUUUGUUAAUCUGCACUUACUACAAGGGAUAAUAGACAUCUGCACUCACCACCACCAUCCCACCCCCCCCCCCCCCCCCCCCCCCCCCCCGGGAUUUUUUCAAAGGCAAGGCACUUCAACAAGUGAUGCUAUUCUCCAUUAUCCUUAGAGCUGUAGAAAAGACAAAAUAGUAUUUGCAGGCACCAGUUUCUUCCCUUGUUUUGGUGCUAGGUGAUCUUUAAGGUACCUUCCAACCUAAGCCAUUCUAUAAUUCAUGUUAUUUUCUCCUUGAAGGCUUUAUUAGUGAUAGAUCAGCCACAACUGUGUACUCUAAAAGUGCACUUCUGAGGUUUCUUUAGUGUACCAGUUGCACACAUGUUCGAAACAUAAAUUCUCUUUUAAACACGGCUAAAGAUAGGGAGUAGUGUUAGUCUGAUCUAACAUCAUGUGUAUUCCAAGUAUGUGUUUUCCACAUUUAUAAAGCACUGGCUAAAUCAUCAUCUAGAGGGUCUAUUCUAAAUUUAGUAAUUUGAAAUAGAAUUUUGAACACAAUAAUUUAUGUAAUAGAGAUUUUUUUUUUUAUUCAAAUAUCAUUUGCAAAUCUGUGUCAUUAUAUUUCAAGACUGAGAUUGGGUCCUCCAAAGGGCAUUUUUUUCUUGAAGUACUUUCCUGGGUUGCAUAUUUUUUAUUUCGUAUUCAGCAUGAGGUGUCUGCUGCAUUUAAUAAAAUAAAAUGAAGGUCACAGAAGAUCACUAGUUUCUCCAUAAUGUUUCCCAGUAGAUGACUGGAAAAAAGGUAGCAAUUGAAAUGGAUUGAGGAUCCUCCAUGCAGACUAUAUAGAAAAUCUGUGUCACUCUUAAAUUAUAGGGAGGGAUUGUAGUUUAGUUUUCAUUGUGUUUAUUUUACGGUGACUGUUGUUUUUGCACCACCUCAGUCAUAAUUUCAAAAGUUUGUACGUGUUUUGUUGGCUUUAGUGCAGGGAGUUCCUGAAGUGAGUCAGUGGGUGUUGCUUAUCCUUUGGAUUGAACAUGAAGCUCAUUGAGUCCCUAAAAAGGCUUAGAGUGGCCCAAACAUAAGCUCACUAAUAUGCCUAGUCCUAGAUCACUAAUGUACCAGUGCCCAUUAGGCUCUUGAGGGAACUGACUACUGAAGAUUCUUACUUAAAAUGGAGUAGAAUAAUGAAGCUCAUUAAUGUAUUUUUCAUUAGAACAAGAAUAUUGAGUGUCCAGGUUAAAUUCUAAGAAAUCUAUCCCACAGGUUAAUGACAAAGCUCACAAUGACAUUAGUGGUGCAGGAUGAGAACUUAAUUGGUGUAAUUAAGAUUCUCCUUACCUAAAAUUCUGUUAUUUUCAAGUAGAUAAAAUAUUGUAAAAUGAAUACUAUGAAGAAUCAUAAAAUGUUGGGUCUCAACACCUCAUUCAGAGAUGAUAGCAGUUCAGUGGGAGAUAAUAUUAUUUCUGUAUUUUUUGUUUGAUUCAUAAAGUACCCUUGUCACCUUCUAGAGGCUUGUGCAUGUGAAAACCAUCUUUGUGAAAAGCAGGACUCUGCCUGGUUUUGCAGUUCCACGGUUUUCUGCAUUAAGUUUUUAAAGAUAACAUGGGCCUUGCAUUACUGAAGCUGAUAAGAAUCUGGACUUCAAAUUCAGUGGGGGCAGAGACUGAAUAGGCGCUAAAGCUGUGCUGAGGAAUUGUUUAGUCUCAUUGAGUAAAACUUACUUUGGAGUGGCGCAGACUUAGGAAAAAUAGUAUUUGUAAAAAAAAAAAAAAAAUACAGCUUCCUUACUAUGUGCUUUCAAGGGAGUCUGAACCCUCAAUUAUAAAUGACUAUGUCAGAAUGCCUAAUUUAAAUGGUUACCCUAACACCUGCUCAUUCUUGCCUCCUUUGGCCACCCCUAACCUUCUCCAUCCCUUCUUGGCAUCCCCAGAAGAUUAGCAACUCCCUCCUCGAUUACACUGUCAUCACAGCUGCUUUGAUCACACUCUCAGCUUGCUCUGGAAAUCAUCUUGAUUAAUAAAACUCAGCACUGUCAGAAAAACAACAGUGUGCGUGGCUUGACAAGUCAUGGAACCCUGGCAGGCAGCUGAAUGGGGCAGGGUAGGAGGCGUCAGCCCCCGGGACCUGCGGCCUCACUUCUGCCUCCCACCCGGCCAUUAGCUCGCCCACCAUCCCCUCGGACUUGCCAUAGCUACCCAUCUGUUUGUACGCCUAAAUUAUGUAUCGUGAGAAUGUGGUGCUUUCCAGAGGAAAGUGUUGUUUUGGUGUGGAGAAAAGUGAAGCAAUUGCAUCUUUUAUACUUCACAGCUGCCUCCUCCAGAAAUACUUGCUGUAGACGCUUAGGGAAAGAUGUUUUUAAAAUAGAACUGUGACCUGGUAUGGUGAAAGACUAUGUAGAAUGAAUUAAUUAUUGAGGAAAUUUGCCUUCCACAUCUGUAUUAACAGUGUAGUAGUUCUGCCUUGCUUGCUGUUGUUGAGCUUGAACAUUCUACUGUAUUUUUUUUCCCUUGGUCUGAUGCAAUUUUCCCAGUCCUUUCUUUUAUUAUUGGUCUUAUUAAGAUCAAUGAACAACACUGGAAACAUGGUCUUUCAGCUAUUAGAAGUGUACUUCUAAAUAGCAGUAAUUAGCAAAUGCAAAGUUUUCCUUUCUCUAGCGUGUUACAGUGUGUAUUCAUCCCUUUUGUGACUUUCUGAUGUAAAUAGCAUCAAUUAUGGAACUCUAUCACAUAAUUAGGGAAAUUAUUUACUUUCUGUCUUAGCACACAGAGGUUUCAGGGAUCCUGAUUUUUUUUCAUUUGUUUCAUUUGAGCACUCAUUAGAUAGUUCUCUUAAAAACUGAGGAAAUUUCUUGUUCUCAUAUUGUAACAGUUGUGGUAGAAGGGGGAAUGAAUUCUGGCAAUAAAAGCAGAACCCAAAUUCAGAAGUCCUGAAUUUGAGUCCAGGUGGAAUUUAGCCUUUCUGUCAAUGUAUCUCACUCAUCCUUUGUAUCUGUUUGCAAGAGGCCAAUGGAUAUGUAAUCCCUUUGUAGGUCAUUUGGACAGAAUUGCAGAGGUGCAUAUUUCCUUUAUUUAUCCAGGAGAUGGUACCUCUGUUGCCAUUAUUACUCCCUGCUGCGCAGGGAGCAUGGAAGAAAUGUGUAUGUGCCUUAAGACUUCUUAAAUCACCUUUUCAUUUGUAAACAAAUAGUUUCCCUUUCCUCAUGCAAUUUAUUAUUCAGAGGAUGCUUUCAAGUAUCUAUGCUGGAUUACUACAUUAUUCCUGGAAUUUGCCAGAACUUUAGGUAUAUUGUAAAAACUACACAUGGUAUAUCCCUCUUCUCUCUAUAAUAGUCUUUUAGAAAUCCACAAAUAUUUCAAAGAAGGUAAGGUCAGGAAGAAAGCCUUUCACUCUGACAGGCGUUUUCUGAGAUUGCUUGCUACUCUUGUCUCAUAUCUAUUUGGGGGAAUAUUUGAAGUGACGGCACAUUUACCUUCAAGUAGAUUUAUCGCAUUGUUCUACUUGCUUUCAAAAAGUAUGACUGUGUAUUUCGGGUUCUCAGUUUCAUCAGUGGGAUCUUGAGCCUUUGUUUCCGUGGACAUCUUUCUACUCCUGAGUCCUUGGUAACAUUUUAGAAGCUAUACUGAAUAAGAAGGGGUAUCGCUCUGCUCUUUGUAUACUCACAAGCAAUCCUUAAAUGUGAAGUGGCUUGCUGUCAUUAAAAUUAACCACAUAAUUUUCCCACUGUAAAUUAUACUGUGACAAUUGACUCCACCCCAUCAUUUUAUUGAAAUGAGAGAGUAUAUGAACUCUUACAUUGUGGCGUGGUUCCACUUCUAAUGUAUACAUAAUUCUGUUUGUAAACAAGAAAAUGCCCCCUUUAUAAUUUUACAACUACAGUCUCAGAUGUUAUCACACCUCAGCAUUUGUACUGUAUUUUUUAUUAAAUAUCUGAUAAUUGUUUAGGACUAUAUUUAUAUCUAAUAUUUUUAAACUGUUGCUUGUUAAAUAACACUGUCUUUAAAGUGACCCAAAAUGUAAGAGUUGAUCUAGUUCUCUGUAUUUUAUUGAGAUAAAAAGUUUUGAUUUUUCUGGCAGGUUAGGAUUAUAACCUACUUAGGAAUCACAACUAGGGUUAUCGCUGACACCACCAUGUCAUCUGGAAUGAUUCAGAUUUCACUCAUGUGCUUAUUCCCAAAGAACUGGUUAAACUCUGCAUGUUUCUAUCAACUUCUGGGGUGAUGAGGCUUUGGGUUUCUUCAAAAUGGAAAAGAGAAAGACCAAAAGUAUGUCGUAUUUGUGAGCUGUUCACUAUUAAUACUACUGAUGGAAAUCCUAGCCCUUUCUUCCUCUUCACCCACCCUCCCUCAACAGAUGGUUCCCAAUAAAAAAAAUGAUUGAGAUAAAGGGAAAUACAAAUUGUUGUCCAAAUACAUUUUUAUAGAAAAUAAAAGAAUAUUUAUUUUUAUUCAGCUACCAACGUCCUGUGCAGGGGAGGAAGUAAUUCAAUGGGAAAUCCUGUUGACACGACAUUUCUGACACAUCACCCUUUGUGUAUCGUACCUCCUUGUUUCAGAGCUUGUUUCUAAUUCAGAAGCUUCUCCUUCCUGACAGGUGGUAUGCUCAGUUAGUUCACAGUUGGUAAACUGGAGAUAACCUCCAGGAGGGGGAUUUACGGAGACCAUGGGACUUAUUUGCCUGGAGAAAUUUUGAAGAUGCAGUGAGAAAGAAAAGGGUAGUGCUUUCUGUGAGCUGGCUAAGUACCAAGUAUGUGUGAUGUGAAGGAAAAAAGGAAGGAGAUUCUUAAAGCCUGAGAACAGACAUCUGGCUGGCAAAAGAAAAGAAAUAUCAUUGACAGAUGAAUACCAUUUCAAACUGGAAUAAUUUUAGAUCAAGAGGGCAAAGUUUUGCUCUCACACAUGGAGCUCCCCUUGAAAGGGAUGGGAAAGGUGUGUGCAUUUGAGAAUAAAAUUUGGUUAUAAGUGAGAACUGAACAACAUGCAUAUUUUUACACUAGAUAUUUAGACUUUAAUGUUUAGAUCACAUGGCUUCCAUCUGCCAUAUGUAGGCAUUGCUAACAUACUGCCAGGGACCAGGCUCUGGUUUGGUGACUUUCAUUAAAGGAAUUAGUAGUUUCUAUCCAGUUUGUGUGGUGGGAUUCAAAGUGCAGAAGCCCAGUUUCACAGUUUAGCAUUAAUUAGCACUCUUGUGGCAGCCUCAGCAGGGAGGAGAAGGAUUAAAUGGGCAUGAAGACCAAACUAUCUCUUUUCCCAUAGUGGUGAUUCCUUCAAAAUAGAGUUAAGAUGUGAUGGACUAAAAUGGGGAAGCUUGCCCAGCUGCUGCCUGGGCUGUUCUUGUUCUGGGUGAUUGAAGGACUUCAGUCUGCAGUUCUGUCAAUGUAGCACUCUUUUCUCUCCUGCUCUUAAAAAGAAAAAACAAAAACCUCAAACCACAGAAAACCACCACCACCAAAAAGGGAAGGAAAAAAAAAUAAAAGCAACUUAGAGAGUCACGUUCUCACCCUCUGAAUGAGGGAUGAGAGCCGUUUGGGAAAAUUUAAAUGAGAUCUUUGCCAACCACGUACAGGAAGGAUCGACACAUUAAAAAGCUAAGAUGCUGCUGCUAACUUGUGAUUUUGCUGAAUCAUUCAACAAGGUGCAGAAGGCAGGUUUCAGUCGAGCAGCACUACCGUUUGGUUUGGUUAGGAGAGAGCUCUCUUGUGAAGGCUACUCCAUUGACCUCCGGUGUCCAGGAAGUGAUGUUAUUAUGAUAGAAAGUGCUAACUAUGGACGGACAGAUGACAAGAUUUGUGAUGCUGACCCUUUCCAGAUGGAGAACACUGAAUGCUUCCUUCCAGAUGCCUACAAAAUUAUGACACAAAGGUGCAACAACCGAACACAGUGUAUAGUAGUUACUGGGUCAGAUGUGUUUCCUGAUCCUUGUCCUGGAACAUACAAGUAUCUAGAAGUUCAAUAUGAAUGUGUUCCUUACAAAGUGGAGCAAAAAGUUUUUGUUUGCCCUGGAACGUUGAAAGCAAUUGUGGACUCACCGUAUUUAUAUGAAGCUGAACAAAAAGCAGGUGCUUGGUGCAAAGAUCCUCUUCAGGCUGCAGAUAAAAUAUACUUCAUGCCAUGGACUCCAUAUCGCACUGAUACUUUGAUAGAAUAUGCUUCUUUGGAGGACUUCCAAAAUGGACGCCAGCAGACAACUUAUAAACUCCCAAAUCGAGUGGAUGGUACUGGAUUUGUAGUGUAUGAUGGCGCUGUGUUUUUUAACAAGGAAAGAACUAGGAACAUAGUAAAAUUUGACUUGAGGACUAGAAUUAAGAGUGGAGAGGCCAUAAUCAAUUAUGCUAAUUACCAUGAUACUUCUCCAUAUCGAUGGGGAGGAAAGACCGACAUUGACUUGGCAGUUGAUGAAAAUGGCUUAUGGGUAAUUUAUGCUACGGAGCAGAACAACGGGAUGAUAGUAAUUAGUCAGCUGAACCCCUACACCCUACGUUUUGAAGCAACCUGGGAGACAACAUACGACAAACGGGCAGCAUCCAAUGCAUUUAUGAUAUGUGGUGUCUUGUACGUUGUCCGGUCAGUGUAUCAGGACAAUGAGAGCGAGACGGGCAGGAACGCCAUCGAUUACAUCUAUAACACCAGGUUGAGCAGAGGAGAGCACGUGGAUGUUCCUUUCCCCAACCAGUACCAGUACAUCGCUGCAGUGGAUUACAACCCCAGAGACAACCAGCUCUAUGUGUGGAAUAACAACUUCAUUCUCCGAUAUUCUUUGGAAUUUGGCCCACCUGAUCCUGCCCAAGUGCCUACUACAGCAGUGACAAUAACAUCUUCAGCAGAGCUAUACAAAACCACAGCUUCCACCACUAGCACUACGUCACAGAAAGGUCCCGUAAGCACAACAUUAGCUGGAGGAACAAAGGAAGGAAGCAGAGGACCCAAGCCACCACCACCCAUUUCUACAACCAAAAUUCCCCCUGUGACGAGUUUUUUCCCUUUGCCAGAAAGAUUCUGUGAACCGACUGAGGCCAGGGGGAUUAGCUGGCCUCAGACACAAAGAGGAAUGAUGGUUGAACGGCCUUGUCCCAAAGGAACACGAGGAACUGCCUCGUAUCUGUGUGUGGUUUUAACGGGAACAUGGAACCCCAAAGGCCCUGAUCUUAGCAACUGCACCUCACACUGGGUAAAUCAGCUGGCUCAGAAGAUCAGAAGUGGAGAAAAUGCUGCUAGUCUGGCCAAUGAACUGGCUAAACACACCAAAGGACCAGUCUUCGCUGGCGAUGUUAGCUCAUCAGUGAGGCUGAUGGAGCAGCUCGUGGACAUUUUGGAUGCUCAGCUGCAGGAACUGCGACCCAGUGAAAAAGAUUCUGCUGGAAGGAGUUAUAACAAGCUCCAAAAACGAGAGAAGACAUGCAGGGCUUACCUUAAGGCAAUUGUUGACACAGUGGACAACCUGCUCAGGCCUGAAGCUCUGGAGUCCUGGAAAGACAUGAAUUCUUCAGAACAAGCCCAUGCAGCCACAAUGCUACUUGAUACAUUAGAAGAAGGGGCUUUUGUCUUGGCUGAUAAUCUCUUAGAACCAACCAGAGUCUCAAUGCCCACAGAAAAUAUCGUUUUGGAUGUUGCAGUGCUCAUUACUGAGGGCCAGGUGCAGGACUUGAAAUUUCCUCAGGGCAGUAAAGGAGGCAACUCGAUUCAGCUCUCUGCAAGCACUGUGAAACAGAACAGCAGAAAUGGGCUAGCAAAACUGGUUUUCAUCAUUUACAAAAGUCUGGGGCGUUUUCUUAGCACGGAAAAUGCAACCAUAAAGCUGGGCAGUGAUUUUGCUGGUCGGAACAGUACAAUUGCAGUCAACUCCCAUGUCAUUGCAGCCUCUAUCAACAAGGAGUCUAGCCGGGUGUACCUGACUGAUCCUGUGUAUUUUACUCUGGAACACAUUGAUCCUGACAAUUAUUUCAAUGCAAAUUGUUCCUUCUGGAACUACUCCGAGAGGACUAUGAUGGGAUACUGGUCAACUCAAGGCUGCAAAUUGGUUGACACAAAUAAAACUCAUACAACGUGUGCUUGCAGUCACCUCACCAACUUUGCAAUUCUUAUGGCUCAUCGGGAAAUUGUGUACAAAGAUGGAGUACACGAAUUGCUCCUCACUGUCAUCACCUGGGUGGGAAUUGUCAUCUCUCUUGUUUGCCUGGCCAUCUGCAUCUUCACAUUCUGUUUUUUCCGUGGCCUACAAAGUGAUCGUAACACUAUUCACAAGAACCUUUGUAUCAACCUAUUCAUUGCUGAGUUCAUUUUCCUAAUAGGCAUCGAUAAGACAGAGUACAAGAUUGCAUGUCCAAUAUUUGCAGGUCUCUUACACUUUUUCUUCCUGGCAGCCUUUGCCUGGAUGUGUCUAGAAGGAGUGCAGCUUUAUCUAAUGCUAGUAGAAGUAUUUGAAAGUGAAUAUUCUAGGAAGAAGUACUAUUAUGUUGCUGGCUACCUCUUCCCUGCUACAGUAGUUGGUGUCUCAGCAGCUAUUGACUAUAAGAGCUAUGGAACAGAGAAAGCUUGCUGGCUCCAUGUAGAUAACUAUUUUAUAUGGAGUUUCAUUGGGCCUGUUACCUUUAUUAUUCUGCUGAAUCUUAUCUUCUUGGUGAUCACAUUGUGCAAAAUGGUGAAGCACUCAAACACUUUGAAACCAGACUCUAGCAGGUUGGAAAACAUUAAUAAUUACCGUGUUUGUGAUGGCUACUAUAAUACGGACUUACCUGGCUAUGAAGAUAAUAAGCCAUUUAUCAAAUCCUGGGUCCUGGGUGCAUUUGCUCUCCUGUGUCUUCUUGGCCUAACGUGGUCAUUUGGCCUGCUGUUUAUCAAUGAGGGAACAGUUGUGAUGACGUAUCUCUUCACAGUAUUUAAUGCUUUCCAAGGAAUGUUUAUUUUCAUCUUUCAUUGUGCCCUUCAAAAGAAAGUACGUAAGGAAUACGGCAAAUGCUUCCGACAUUCCUACUGCUGUGGUGGACUACCAACUGAGAGUCCUCACAGUUCAGUGAAGGCAUCAACAACAAGAACUAGUGCUCGCUAUUCCUCUGGUACUCAGAGUCGUAUAAGGAGGAUGUGGAAUGACACUGUGAGAAAACAAUCUGAAUCUUCUUUUAUCUCAGGUGACAUCAACAGCACUUCAACACUUAAUCAAGGAAUGACUGGCAAUUACCUACUAACAAACCCUCUUCUUCGACCACACGGCACUAACAACCCCUAUAACACAUUGCUCGCUGAAACUGUUGUAUGUAAUGCCCCUUCAGCUCCUGUGUUUAACUCACCAGGACAUUCACUGAACAAUGCCAGGGAUACAAGUGCCAUGGAUACUCUACCGCUAAAUGGUAAUUUCAACAACAGCUACUCAUUGCGCAACGGUGACUAUAACGACAGUGUGCAAGUUGUAGACUGUGGACUAAGCCUGAAUGAUACUGCUUUUGAGAAAAUGAUCAUUUCAGAAUUAGUGCACAACAACCUGCGGGGCAGCAGCAAGAACCACAACCUGGAGCGCACGCUGCCAGCCAAGGCUGUGAUCGGCGGGAGCAGCAGCGAAGAUGACGCCAUCGUGGCAGAUGCCUCGUCUUUGAUGCACAGCGACACCCCUGGGCUGGAGCUGCACCACAAAGAGCUCGAGGCCCCACUUAUUCCCCAGCGGACUCACUCCCUUCUGUACCAGCCCCAGAAGAAAGUGAAGACUGAGGGAACCGACAGCUACGUCUCACAGCUGACAGCCGAGGCUGACGACCACCUCCAGUCCCCCAACAGAGACUCUCUUUACACAAGCAUGCCCAACCUCAGAGACUCUCCGUACCCAGAGAGCAGCCCCGAUGUUGAAGAAGAUCUCUCUCCUUCCAGGAGGAGUGAAAACGAGGACAUUUACUACAAGAGCAUGCCAAAUCUAGGAGCUGGCCAUCAGCUUCAGAUGUACUAUCAAAUCAGCAGGGGUAAUAGCGACGGCUAUAUAAUUCCCAUUAACAAGGAAGGAUGUAUUCCAGAAGGAGAUGUUAGAGAAGGACAAAUGCAACUAGUGACAAGCCUUUAAUAGUGUAGCAAAGAAAUAUUAAAGGCCACGUACAAGUAUUAAAAAGACUUAAUCAGCCCUGUGCAGGCUCCCUCGUAUCUGCUUGAAGAGACAAUUCUGUUGACCCUGUGGUUCUCCUCUGUAAUGGGGAUGACUGGACCUCGCAGUUCUGUGAAUUUUUAUAAAACAAAAACUUUGUAUAUACACAGAGUAUACUAAAAUGAAUUAUUUGUUACAAAGAAAAGAAAUACCAACAAGGUAUUUUAAGAUAUCUUCUGCUGCUGAAUUUAACAAAAUUGUGAAAAAAGAAAUAAAACACUUUCCAGCCAUUUUACUGCAGCAGUUUGUGAACUAAAUUUGUAAAUAUGGCUGCACCAUUUUUUUUUUUCUAGGCCUACAUUGUAUUAUAUACAAGGCGUAGGCUCUAAAAUCCUGUGGGACAAAUUUACUGUACCUUACUAUUCCUGACAAGACUUGCAAAAGCAGGAGAGAUAUUCUGCAUCAGUUUGCAGUUCACUGCAAAUCUUUUCCAUUAAGGCAAAGAUUGAAUACAUGUCUAACCACUAGCAAUCAAGCCACAGGCCUUAUUUCAUAUAUUUCCUCAACUGUACAAUGAACCGUUCUCAUGAAAAAAUGGCUAAAGAAAUUAUAUUUUGUUCUAUUGCUAGGGUAAAAUAAAUACAUUUGUGUCCAACUGAAAUAUAACUGUCAUUAAAAAUAAUUUUAAGAGUUUGAAGAAAAUAUUGUGAAACGCUCUUGGUUGCACAUAUGUUAUAAGCUGUUUUUCUUACACUCUGUUCAUAGUACAGUAGUAUGUUUAAAAUGCAAGUUCUGCCCGUUUUUCACUUAUUUUUCACUGUAAACAGUGUUCUGCUUUGACAAGUUAGGUUUUAUUCUUUUUUUUUUUUUUUUUUUUAAUUCUUAUUGCCAAAAACAUAAUUCGGGGAGAAAAUUGUUUUAGAAGCCAAUUAUGCCAAGCCUUGCACAAAUUUGGUAUAGCUAACAAAGAUUGUAACUCAAUUCCCUGUUCAUUCUUAAUCAGGGUUGGGCGGUAAGGGGCAAAGGGGACACUGGACACUUCUCACAAACUUCCUCGUGAAUAAAAGGUGCCUGUCCUUUAAAAAAUAAAUAAAACAUAACUAUUACUCUUCCAUAUUCCUUCUGCCUAUAUUUAGUAAUUAAUUUAUUUUAUGAUAAAAAUCUAAUGAAAUGUAAAUUGUUUCAACUAAAUUCUGCUUUUUUCAUCCCUUUGUGUAAACUUGUUAAUAAUGAGCCCAUCACUAAUAUCCAGUGUAAAGUUUAACACCUGUUUGACAGUAAAUAAAUGUGAAUUUUUUUCCAAAUAGA